CGCAACCACCACUGACUUGCCAUGUCUUCUCAUGAGAACGACCCCUUCUACCUUAGAUACUACACCGGCCACUCAGGCAAGCACGGACACGAGUUCCUCGAGUUCGAGUACUCGCAUGGACGUCUCCGAUACGCGAACAACUCGAACUACCGCAAUGACAGCCUGAUUCGUAAAGAGAUGUGGGUCGGCCCACUUGUUGUGAAGGAGCUCAAGCGCAUCGUUGAGUCGAGCGAGAUCACCAAGGAAGACGACACCAACUGGCCCAAGAAGAACAUUGUAGGGAAGCAAGAGCUCGAAAUCCGUGUUGGCAACGACCACAUCGCGUUCGAGACAGCAAAAAUCGGCUCUUUAGUCGACAUCCAGGACAGUGAGGAUCCAGAGGGUCUUCGUGUAUUCUACUAUCUUGUCCAGGACCUGAAGUGUCUCAUCUUCUCCCUCAUCUCUCUCCACUUCAAAAUCAAGCCCAUAUAAUCAUCUCGACUGCUUUCGCAUGUUCUUUCUUGUCAUUGACGGGUGCUUUAGUCGUGUAUGUUGUGCUAGUGCUCAAUGAAGUUCUUCAUCGCUGAGGCACUGUUGCGCCGAAAUCUGUACAACGGUUGUAAGUGUUUACCAUUGAUUUUUUCAAGCGAUGCGAUGCCUGGGCUGUGC